AUGGAUUCCUCAAGGGAAUAUCUCGACGAGCUUGAAGGAACGCAGGUCACGUUUGAUGCUAUUGCGGAGCCACCUUUCAACUUCCCUGCCCAGAAAUGGAUAAUAAUUGAGAAGCUCGGCGAAGACUCCAAUUGCCUAACAAAGGAAGACAUUGCCGCGGAUCUCGGGCCUUCAGAUACCUCCGGGAAAUUCCUAUGCCGACCUGUUACUAAGGAAGACGACAACAGGCGCGCAUUUUUACGUAUUUACCAGCAGGUUCCUAUAGCCGGGACUGAAACCAAGAAGGCCGCUAUACGGGCUAGACAGGCUGUCGACACCCCUCCUGACCACCCAGAACUAAGAGCUUUCCGGACAUUUAGGAAGCUAGGCUGUGACGUUGUUCCUCGGCUACUAGGCUAUCAACAGCGUCGGCAAGACCACGAUAAGGGUGUUCCUGGAGGAUAUGUCACAUAUAUUCUAUGGGAAAAAGUCGCUGGCGAGUCUCUUAAUUUGACCGAAUUCUGGAGGCUCCCUUUGCCGAUCGUAAGGCUAUCCGCGAUAAGUUUCGUGAAGUCUAUACAGAGCAGAAGGUUUCUACCGUACGGGUAUAUGCCAUGUAUGGCUAGUGAAUCGAAGAUUAUUUAUGAUAAGUCUAGUGGCCAAAUGCAUAUCUGCGGAUUCAAGCUCGCAUCUGAAUUUGACGAACCUCAACAGUGGGAUGAUAUUAACUACUUCCUAUACGGACUUAUCCAACCCUCCGAUAGCAUAUUCUACUGGGAAGGAACACCACCCGAAACGGCGGAUUGGAUCCAAGAUGUCAACGGCUGGACGUGGUGA